AUGGCGAUCAACGUGAACAAGCUGCUCGAAGCCGGCUGCAAGGUCAAGAUAUUCAUGGCGAACUGGUUCGCUCUCACAAGCUACAACGUCAGUCUGAGAAAAGUCAUUGACGUCUGCUCGUACAACACCGAGAUGUGGAGGACAGCCCGCAUGCGCCUCGACGAGGGCCCUAUUUGGAUCAUGGGGGCCGAGGUGGAGCUCGUUCGCUCGUCAGACGAGAUCAGCCGUGACCUGCGUCGAUACUGGCCGCUCGCCUUGAAAGUCGCAAGGAGCACCAAUCUAAGCGAGGUGACGAAGUGCAUCCUUUCGUCCAAGGACACGAGGCCGUACUACGACGAGCCGAAGUCGCUCUUCUCCCACGAGGUCUUCACCACGUGCAUGCACUCCGCCGCCAUACUGUCCCGCGACGAGGCGGACGUGUGGCUGCUGGACAUCGGCCAGCGCGUGAGCAACAAGGUGGCCGAGCUGUACCGCGAGCGGGAAGCAGCUAUGCGCGAGGAUCCGCAUCGGCCGGUCAUCGCCCUGUUCCACGGCGUGCUGCCCAGCCUGCUCGAGUACCCGGAGAAUGAGAUGUUCAGGGACCCGAGGUGGGCGAUCUACAUGGAGGACACGGAGUGGGAGGUCGGCCGGGCGAUGCGGAAGGCGUUCCCGCCGGGGACCAUGGAAGGCAACCCGUGCUUGGAGUACAUCAGGCAGAUAAUCUUUCCUCUGUUUGGGAGGUUUUAG